AGCAGCAGUAUCAGCAGGCCUCGGCCGCAAGAGUCGCGAGUUUCGAGUCGGCCGCGCGCGCGCGCCGCGUUCAUACACAUAUCGAGUUCAGUAUAUUAUAAAAAUUUUAUAAAUAUACAAGAUAUAAUAUAUACAGAAUCGAGAGUCAGUGCACACAGCAGCUUGUCAUCGACCGGUUUGCAAAAAGUCCGCGGGGACAGCUACAAGUGUCAAGCGCUGCCGAUGGAGCAACCAUCAAGAUGCAGCGCCCUCGACAUCCUUCGCCCUUCCAGCUGAAUGGCAGUCAGAAUGGUAUAAUUGGUAAGAGGGGACUGGCGGUGUACCUGAGCUGCUUCCUCUGGGUAUGUGGAAAUUUUCUGGUCGGCCAAGUCUCGGCCCAUGGAAGACUGAUAGAGCCGCCGUCCCGGGGCUCCAUGUGGAGGUACGGUUUCGACACGCCACACGAUUACAAUGACCACGAGUCCUAUUGCGGUGGAUUCACCAGGCAGUGGCAGACCAAUCACGGCAGAUGCGGAAUUUGCGGCGAUCCCUGGGACUCCAGAGAGCCUCGAGCUCACGAGCUGGGCGGCAAGUACGGCAAGGGCGUGAUCGUGCGCAGAUAUCGCACCGGAGCCGUCAUCCCGGUGCGGGUCGAGCUCACCGCCAAUCACAUGGGCUACUUCGAGUUUCGCACCUGCCCGAUGACCUACAACAACCGGGAGGUGAACCAGGAAUGCCUCGAUCGUUACGUGCUGCGCGGCGAGAACGGCACCGCCCGCUACUAUCCCGGCGAGGGCAAUCGGAUCUUCGAGGCCUACUACAAGCUUCCCGACGGCUUGACCUGUGCACAGUGCGUAUUCCAGUGGCGAUACGUGGCUGGAAACAAUUGGGGCGAUUGCGGCAAUGGUCAAGGUGCGGUCGGCUGCGGCCCACAGGAAGAGUUUCGAGCUUGCGCGGAUAUAGCUAUAGGUGACGAAGAGGCCACUUUACCACCGCGUCCAACCAGACCACCGACGAAGAGGCCGACCACGACGACGCCGAGAACCACGACGAAGAGCAGCAGCACGACCGAAGUGCCGAGCGAUUACGAGCCCACCGAUCACACCGGGCCCUUCUGGCUCUACAAUCUCGUCAUGGCCGGUACGUGUCUGUUGGUGGUGCUCGCGGUCAUGGCACUGCUCUACACUUACUACUAUCACGCCGGUCGGGCGAAGCAGUGGCUCAUGGCCAGGCGGCUCGUCCAGUCGGAGAUGCAUCGCAGACAUCAUCGACAGACUGCGGACGUCUCCUGCGCACCGCCCCCCGUCCCGCCACCCGUUGCACCGCCCCGACUCAAGAAGCAGCACUACGAGGCCGGCGUCAAUCAUAUGCACAUUUGAACGUCGAUCUCCGUCCUAUCCAUGCUCCAGAUACAGUCCGUUUUUCAACCUCGGUCUUUUGUAUCUCCUUCCUUUCAUCGUUACACUUUUUUUAUCGCUGCCGCGUUUAUCGACAAACGACGUCGCGAUUUUCAUCCAUCUUCGAUCGUGUAUCCAGUGCGAUUACCCGUGCGCUGCGUUACUUUUUUAUGCAUGCCCAUAUAGUUAUAGGUAUUACGAGUCUCUUAAGUAUGUAUUAGUGUAUUUUUUUUCAAUUUUAUACAUACACUGCCUGUAAUUGUAAACAAUAAUUACGAUUAUUUUAAAAGCAGAAUUUGUACUUAUGUUUAAGUGUAAAUAUGAUUGAUUAAUUUUUGUGACUGAGCUCAAGUAUUAAAUUUAUACAUAUUUUUAUAGAAAAUGUGGCUUUAUUACAUGCUUUAUCAAACAUCAUGUAACAUGUUGUUUUAUAAAUACAAAUAUAAUGUAUCAUUCACGCAGUUAUUCUAUAGAUUCGAACUAUAAGCGAACGUUUUUAUACUUUAUAAAUAAGCAUUACUAGAUUGUAGAAAUAGUAAUUAUUUUAUGUACAUACAUACAAAAUUUUAUGUAGUAAAUAAUUUUUAUGAUAAUAUCAUUU